AUGCCGGUACGCCUUCGUUUGUCUAGUCGUACAUCAUCUCCCCGCGAUGACUUCUUUGAAAAUACGUCUCGACGAUGGGUAAUGAAUGAGAAAGAACGUCUAAAGGAAAGAUACGUCAAAUUUGAACCGAAUGAGCUUCAGCGUGUCGCUGGUCGCGCAAUUGGGGAGGACCAUUGCCCUUUCAUGAUCAAGCUUGCGGAGGGGGGUUUUAAUAAAGUAUUUCUGUUAAGAGCAGAUUCUGGUAAAGAAGUUAUUGCACGAAUCCCUACUCCCAUCGCCGGUCCUUCUCAUUACACCACCGCAAGCGAGGUUGCUACAAUGGAGUUUUUACGCGUUAUCCUCGGAAUACCUAUACCAAAAGUCCUGGCGUACUCGACAUCCUCGGACAAUCCAAUUGGAUCAGAAUACAUCAUAAUGGAGCGGAUAAAAGGGGUCAGUCUUGCAUCAAUCUGGUUGUCGCUUACUACAGACGAAGUCAAGAGCGUCAUGAAACAAAUAGCAGAGAUGGAACACAGAAUUUUCAAUUGUCCGUUCCCUGGAUAUGGAAGUCUAUAUCACCAGAAGGAUGUGGAGGGUGAAGUGCAGAUUCCGAUGUCAGUACAGGAUUUUUGCAUUGGGCCUGUUGCUGCACGGCAGUUUUGGCAUGGUGAUCGAACAAAAACCAAAAUUGAUCGUGGUCCUUGGCUUCGAUCUAAAGAUUGCUUUACAUCUGCAGCUCGUCGAGAGACUAUUUGUAUCCUACAUCAUGCGAAACCCCAACCCCGAAACACAUUCCUUCUUCCAACGCUGCAUAAUAUUGAGCCCCCUGAACAUGUCUCACUUCUCUCCAAAUUUUUGGAAAUUGCGCCUUUCUUGAUACCAACAAAUGCCGAUCACAAUCGUCCAAUCCUACGGCAUCCAGAUCUGAGCCUUCACAAUAUUCUGUUAGAGCCUAGCUCCACGAAAAUCGCCAGUAUCAUAGAUUGGCAGGAUGCUAUUGUCUUUCCGCUUUUCAUGCAAGCAGGAUAUCCCAGCUUUUGUGAGCACGAUUUAUCGCAGACUCAAACUUUACAGCUGCCAUCCCUCCCGGAUGAUUUCGACAGUUUGAGCAUGGAAGAACAAACAAGGAUAAAGACCAAGUUUCGCUUAGAUGAAGCCAAUCUUUACUACACAGCAUCUACUGGCAUAUACAACGAUAUUCAUUUGAGUGCCCUGAAAAUCCCUCACCUUGGGAUGCGACAGUAUCUGUACCAACAAACUGGAUAUCCUUGGGAUGCAGAUACUAUCAAUCUCCGUGCUGCUCUUGUUGGUAUCACAACUCCACAAGUCUGGAAUGUCAUAUCUUCUGCUUCUUGCCCGGUAUCAUUUACAGAGCAAGAGCGACAAACAGCAAGGGAGGAUUCUAAAGAAUGGAAUGAGUCUGAGAAGCUUCUAUCUGCUCUCAGAAAACACUUAGGUGUGGACCUCGAAGGUGGUACAACGCCGGAAAAUUUUGAGUGGGCGUCUCAGAGAAACCUCGAGCUGAGGUUGGAAAUGUUACGGCAAGCUGAGGAGCAUGAGCGUGAUUUGUGCUGGCAGAACUGGCCCUUCAAGGAUGGUACAGACAUAUCGUCUCCCCCUUCGUGA